AUGGCCGAAGGGUUAACACCGUCGGUGUUGAUUCCGCCAGCCGUGGCAGCAUUGAAGGGAGAAGCUGCGGGUCAAGGUCCGGUCAGAGGUCAGAUGGAGCGAUCGAUAAGCAUGGAUAUCCGCGAGGAGCGAGAAGAACUACGAGAAGCGGCCGAGCAAUGCCUGAAUGUGAUAAUGGACUUGGGCUUGGACAACCAUAUCCGAUGGGUCAGUCCGACAUGGCGGGAUGUAGUCGGUACUGAGCCAGACGCCGUGGUCGGAAAGCCCAUCGCACACAUCCUUCUCAGCGACAAGGACGCAUUCUCGGAAGCGGUCGAGGCAAUGAGGAAAGAUGAUUCUCGCAGUCGAAUUAUCCGCUUUGCCACUUCCAUGGGGCCGUUGUCUGUCUUGCAGCCAAAGUCUCACAAAACUAUCGUUGAGGGCGAAGAUGCGGCUCAGACAGGCCAAGUGGAAGAGCAAGACCGAGUGCUUAAUCUUGAGGCCCAAGGCAUAAUCGUGUACGAUCGUACAUCCGGCGAGGAAAGCCAUACGAUGUGGAUGAUUCGGCCCUCUGUCAUCCGCGAGGUUACUAUUGACCUUCCUCAGGUCCUAGUUGAGUCUCUCGGCAUUGGGGCUGAGAUGCUUGCACACUACCUCACAGCCUUGGCUGAGGCUGGAACAAGAGACCCUGAGAGCCAUCCGCCUCCACUGCCAGCUUUGUGUCGAAUAUGCGAACGCCAGAUUACGCCGUGGUGGUUCGAGAAGCACACCGAGCUCUGCUUGCUAGAACACAAAGCUGAGAUGGAUGUUCAGCUUGCUCAGGAGAGCCUUACUGAUCACCGCAACGCUAUCGUCAAGGUUCUGGAUGUCUUGGAAGCUCAGUCACGCCAGUCACGAUCCCUGCCCGUUGAAGUCGCCUCUCCGGUCCCAAUCCCGGAAUACAAGGGCCUGCCGAUUUCGCCUGCUUCCACGCCGUCCUCUGGCCCCAGCUCAGGCAGAGCUUCGCCUGCAUCUCCUCCCUCACGGUCUCGAGAGCGUCCAGGAGGCUUCGGCCACCAUCGCGCCCGUUCAUUCGCCAUCAGGAGGCCGGUUUCUCGCAUCGUUGAACUGGUUCUUGACCUUUGCGACACCGCGCUUGAGAUAAACACACCUGCGAUCAAAGAUAGCCGGGGACAGUUGAGCACAGAAAUUCGAACCCAGUCGCCGCAGUCGGAAAGUAGGAUCUCUCAAAUCCUCCAAUGGCAGUCGCCGAGCGCAGGGAGUCUGGAAGCAGAGCAGGGUCUCGCGCUUUUGUGCGACGAUACCUCGAGACUUGCGAGAGCUAAGGUUGAGGCUGUCUUCCGCCACCGUAGGAUCUUGGAGUACUCUGAGAGGAUCCGCGUCGAAUUCGACAUUCUUGUCCAGGAGUGUAUUGAUGCUGCAAUGCGUAAGGCUGCAUCAAUCGUAGCAGGAGAAGACAGCGAUUCCAGCGCCGAUAUUGAUCAAGUUGGCGGUGAGGAAAUCCGAGAAGAGCUGGGCGAUGAUGGUCUUGACCGAAUGUCCACAGAAGAAGGAGUCUUCUCAGGAUCGUUCGACAGUCCCGCGAUCCUCAAUCCAGCCAUCCGCAGCACGUCAACCCCUUCUCUUACUUCUCGAACGCGCCGCAGACCUUCUUCGGCAGCCGAGUCAACGCGGUCGAGCAGUCCGCGUGGGUCGCAGACCCCCCGAUCCAAUGCGGGUGCGAUGAGCAUAGUCCCUCACAGCAAGCGUGCUUCAAUGGUCUUUGAGAGCGACGCUGGCGGCGAUAGUGACACUAGCGUGCGCUCUUCGGUCCUAUCUGGUCCGCCCAGAACAGAUUCUCCUGGCUCUGAGCUUGGCCUUACUAGGAUCGCUAGUUCUCGUGAGCGCAAGAGGAAGAGUCUCAUCCUCCCUAGCGUCAUGUCCAGCAGACAACAAUCACCCGCGAGAGGCGCGGUUCCUCCAUCUUCCCCACUCAGACUGUCGAAACCGAGGGUAUCCAGUGGUACGGAUCACGUUCCGUCUCCCAUCGUGUCCCCGGUCAUGCCCUUGGGCGAGUUUUCUCCUCCAUCAAUCUCUGCGGCUCAGCUCCAUCACCAUCGCAGACAAUCCUCGGCUGUAGGCGGUGAGUUCGCGCGUGCCCCUGCAUCGCCUCGUCUCGCAUCUAUCACCGCCCCUCAGCCGCGAGCAGUGCCACCUUCCAUCAAAGACUUCGAAAUAAUCAAGCCAAUCAGCAAAGGCGCUUUCGGAAGCGUGUACCUGUCCAAGAAGAAGUCUACUGGUGACUACUUCGCAAUCAAAGUCUUGAAGAAGGCGGACAUGGUUGCCAAGAACCAAGUUACUAACGUCAAGGCUGAACGUGCAAUAAUGAUGUGGCAGGGCGAGAGCGACUUUGUUGCCAAGCUCUACUGGACAUUCUCCAGCAAAGACUACCUCUACUUGGUUAUGGAGUACUUGAACGGUGGAGAUUGUGCGUCCUUAAUCAAAGUCCUUGGCUCGCUGCCUGAAGAUUGGGCAAAGAAGUAUAUCGCAGAGGUUGUCCUUGGAGUAGAGCACUUGCAUAGCAGGGGCAUCAUCCAUCGUGACCUGAAGCCCGACAACCUCCUCAUCGACCAGAAGGGACAUUUGAAGCUGACGGAUUUUGGUCUCUCCAGGAUGGGACUGAUAGGAAGGCAGAAGCGGGCACUCAACAGCAAGCCGGAUGAGCCCGCUCCGGACCUUCUCAAACAAGGGCCUUUCCACAGGGCAAUGUCAGUCGCGUCAUCUCGCUCUGCUUCAUUCGAUAUGCAAGGCAACCAUUCCCCAGCUCAAACACCUAGUCUUACUCCAGCUCUUACGGGUGAUAUUGGACAGCCAUCCUAUUUCAGUCUCAGUCGAGAGACUUCAGCAAGCCGUGAGCCGUCUCGAAGAACGUCUGGAAACCGGAGCGAUAGUGGCGAGAGCGAUGCCUUGCAGGCCAUGUUCCGAAGGUUUUCCAUCGCCGAUGACCUGUCGGCAUACCAACGCCGCUCGCCCAUUGAGGAGGAGAGCUACAGCGAGGAUGGGUACUCUCCAGAUCCAUAUAUGCUGCAGCCCAUCUUGAGUCAGACAAGCUCUGUGCAAAACAACACGCCGCCACAGGCGUCAACAAUGCUUCCGCCACCGAUGGCCUUGUACGAUCCGGGAGAUAGCAACCGCCGGUUUGUAGGGACUCCUGACUACCUUGCUCCCGAAACUAUCAACGGUGCUGGUCAGGACGAAACCAGUGAUUGGUGGUCGCUGGGCUGCAUCCUCUUUGAGUUCCUGUACGGUUAUCCGCCGUUCCACGCGGACGCGCCGGACCAGGUGUUUCAGAACAUUCUUGACCGUAAGAUCGACUGGCCUGAGGAGGACGUCUGUGAGGUAUCGGCUGAAGCCAAGGAUCUGAUGAAUCGCCUGAUGUGCAGUAAUCCUCGGGAUCGUCUGGGUGCAAAUGCGGGGGAGAAGUUCUCUUGCGGUGGAGAAGAGAUCAGAAGCCAUGAGUGGUUUGUGGGCAUCAACUGGCAGACGCUUCGCGACGACGAAGCCUCGUUUGUCCCGGCAACAUGCAAUCCUGAAGAUACAGAAUAUUUCGAUGCACGGGGCGCGACGUAUCAGAAUUUUGCUUCCGAAUUUGAGGAUCAGUGCUCGUCGCCGGCAGCUACGCCUGGGGCGGACUAUCCGGACCGACCGCACGACGCCCUUUCCCGCGUGCGAUCCCAGGUCAACUCGAUGAAGCGAGGCCUGAUGCCGCUGCAUAUACCUCCUCACGUGCGUGAGGGCCGUACAAGAAGGUUAUCUGAGCCGGUUGCUGCGGAUGAUUUCGGCAAUUUCGCGUUCAAGAAUCUGCCUGUUCUGGAAAAGGCGAACAAAGAUGUCAUACAGAAGCUUCGGGCAGAAGCGAUGCAAGGGCAGAGCAAACCUUCCUCUGCCGUGACCUCACCUAUCAUCAGCUCUCCGUCGCCUUCUUUGGAGUCUUCGCCACUGAUUUCUAUGCCUCUCAAGCGCACGAUGUCGGCAAACAAAGGGGCCAAUCGACCGGUUUCUCCGUCCUUAGUAAGCCAGGUGAACUCCUCUCCUAGCAGGGUAUCGCAGCCAUCGUCCCCUCUGCUGGUCUCUUUCAGCACUGGCCAGAACCACGAGCGUAGAAAGACAUCGAACGGAUCUUCCACACUGAGCCACCAAACUAGCGGAAGCUCUCUCCAGCCGGGCAGUUUCUUCGACGUUCCUCGACUGCCGGGCGCCAUCAAAGCCGCAUCCAGCGCCUCAUCGCCUAUUAAACUUCUCAAAACGCAGUCGAUGAUCCAGCCCCCAUCAGGCCAUGGCUUGACGGUGCAUCGCCAAAGCAGCGCGUCAAUAAACAUUGCUACGUCUCCUAGAGCACGCUCUAUGACCGUUGGAUCGCAGGAAGAAGACACGCUGGGGAAUCUAAGGCCUAAUCACCACCACCGGAGAAGCCAAGUGCUUGACGUGUCUCCCUCCUCGUCCGACACCGAAGAUUCCAGACAAAAGGUCCUAUUACGUGUGCAGCGACGAAGACAGAGUAUGCGCAGGCUUUCCCAGAUAACGCUAGCGGAAGGUCCCAUAUUCAGACCACUAGAUGUUUUGAUCUGCGAGGAUCAUCCAGUGUCUCGGCUCGUCAUGGAAAAGCUUCUGGAAAAGCUGCGAUGUCGAACGAUCUCUGUGCAGACCGGUGCCGAGGCUAUAAGAUACGCAUCAGGUCAGGUCAAGUUUGACAUCAUCUUCAUGGAGUUUAGGCUUCCUCAAAUCAACGGUGCGGACGUUGCUCGAAUGAUCCGCGAGACCAAGAAUGCAAACUCCCACACACCAAUCGUGACAGUCACUGGAUAUCUGAAAGAGCUGCAAGCACCACAGUAUUUUGACGGAUACAUCGAGAAGCCGCCGACUAUGAAGAAGUUGACCGAGAUCAUGGGCCGUCUGUGUCAAUGGAAGGCCCCACCUCCCAAUUGGACUCCAGCUCAGCUGCCAAUUAUUCCUUCAUCCGGGCUAAGACAGGAGUCUGUUCGAACUGAUGACAGCCCAACAACUUCGAAUUCUUCGGGCUUUGCAGCCAUGCCAUCGAGUAGCUAUCGAGGGUCAAGCAGAGAAGACUCAAUCGGGUCAAGUUCCUAUGGCGACAUGGAGAGCCGUGGCGGCGAUGACAUUCCAGGCAUCAUCAGCAGACGAACAACCAACGAGUGGUCUGAUCGGGAGAUAGCACGUAUGCUCGGCGGGCUAGGAAUCUCAGAAGAGCCCACUACAUCACCGGAGCUAAAGUCACUGAACACUGUACCAUCAAUCCUUGGACCGGAGCAAUCAUCAGCCCCCGCCGUUAUGAGCCACUCCGUCCCCCGCAGACAGCGAUCUUCGGAGGAGGUGGACUCCAAGAGGCGUUCCCUCGAAGCUAAGAGAUAUGACUGCGCUGAGUCUGGUGACGACGAAGAUGAGGAGCUCGGCCACCUUCAGGUUCGAGCGAAGAGCCCCAAGGGCAGGUCGAAGCCGUCGUCGAAGCUCGGAACGGAGAUGAUGCGCACCAACAGUCACGGUAGUGUCAUCUCUGUAGAAGAAAUGUCUGCGGCAGACGGUCUCGCGUCAUCCCCUCCACCCGCAAUAGCAGAAGAUUCCACAGCAGAAGCGUUGACGACUGCGAAGCAAGACCCGAAACAAUUUCAACCCCUCAUGUCUCCGCCAGAAAUCUUCCCUCUGUUGCCGGGCUGCGAUGUACAAGAAAUUGAUAUGGACCCAAAUGCUGUCACGCCUAAGCCCUCUCACACAAAUUACCUGGAUCCUGAUCCAACUCCUACGGCCAAACGGUCGAUGUCGCCUACUCAGCGAUACCAGUGA